AGAAAAGAGAUUCACUGUGCAAAUAUCGGUGGUUACGGGCCCACCUCGCAGCAAAAACCAUCAAGCAACCAAUGCGGUUUCAGGUAAGAUUGAUGAAAUGCAGAACACUCAAGUGUUUUCUACGCAUUCGAAAUUCUAUAUUUUUCAGAGUUUUCUACUCUCCCUCUCUUAAGCUUAUUUCACUUUUUCUACAUCUUCACCCACCCCCCACAGCAUGACUAACAGUACGGAUGCAUGGGAUGAAUAUACAUACCAAACUCCCGUCUUUCGAUUCGCAUAUCAUCAGUUCCUUUCCUUGAAAAAGGUCAACAUCGCUUUAUCGAUCUUGUCCGUGGUCGGUUCAGCAUUGAUUAUUGUCGCUUUUCUGUAUCUAUUCUUUCGCGAACGAAAACGAACGAACCGCAUCUCACUACGGUGCGUCUUUUUCUGUGCCAUAGCAGACACGUUGAAUGCAAUGCUGGAUAUUGUCAUCAUCAACUACCGUGGCAACACCGAGAUUUGCCGUACCAGCGGCGUAAUCAUUAUCUUCACCAAGAUUAUCAGUGCAGCACUCCUUGCGAUCGUUGGUAUCAACUUUGUCCUCAUCUUUGUCCUGAAUAUCAAACAAAGGGAUCGAUUGGAAUACUAUUACUAUGCCGGCACCCUUGUCUAUAGCACUGUCACGUUGAUCUUUCCCAUCAUUGCCGCUGUUCGCAACGAUAAUCCAACUCAGUUGGAUAAUUUCACAUGCUGGUAUCUCGUUUACAUCAAUGAUCGCACCCAUAAUUACUGGUCAUGGGUAAAGUUGAUGACUUCCAGGAGUUGACCAAAAGUGGAUCCCACUCACGUGUUUUUUUUAUUAUGUAGAUGUGGUUCUACGGCUUGCUAUUCGUGAUUAUCGUGAUUGCAGCUCUAUGCUCACUGUCGGCCAUGUACAAGCUUGCGAUGGAGCAACACCGAAUUUCCCAGAAAAUCAAAACCUUGAGGGAACCGGUGGCAAGCGAACCGUCAC